AUUUACGACAGCUCGUUGACAACACGGUAGACGCCGUGAUUACGAACAAGCAUGGAUGCUACAGUAGGAGUGUGUUAACCUGGCCUGUGUGUUUUCACUUGGGUUGACAUCUCUGGAUUUCAUCGAUUUAUAUAAAAAGCAUUCACUUUCAAGGCAUCAUGCAUGAAAGAGUGAUUCCCGCGUCUCCCAACUGGUACUGCGGCCGCUGCAGCGACACCAACCAGAGAGGCGUGAUGGGCUUCGGAGCCCGGAACACAGUCUAUCUGCUGGACGUGUCUGCAGAGUCCUGCUCGGUCCUGGGGAGUCUGUCCGGACACAAGGAGCGAGUGUCGGGCUUCUCCUUCUGUCGCCAGGCCGGUCAGGACCAGCUGUGUGCCAGCAGCUCUGACGACGGCACUGUCAAGUUCUGGGACGCGGACGACAGAGUUCUGCUCAAAGAACACAGCGGGCAUCAGGGCACCAUUGUGGCGCUCCACUGGUCUCCAGCUGAUAAGAACCUGGUGGUGUCCGGGGACGACAAGGGGGUGGUGGUCUGCUACUGGUUCAACACGGGUGACUGCAGCAGCUUCUUCCCCCUCCCCAAGGCCCUGUUCUCCCUCUCGUGCUCCCCCCACUCCUGGAAGCUCCUGGCCCUGGGGUACAAGCAGGGGAUAAUCCUCCUGGUAGACGUGUCUAAGAAGGGGGAGGUGCUGCAUCGGCUGCGAGGCCACGAGGAUGAGAUCCACUCCCUCUCCUGGUCCCCCAGCACCCCCGCCCUGGAGCAGGGAGACGCCCCCCAGGAGGCCCCCCAGGACCCCCCAGGGGAGGAGGAGGAUUUCGCGAGAGGGAGCGGCGGGUAUCUGGCCUCCGGGAGCCGAGACCAGACCAUCCGGGUCUGGAGCACCGACACCGGGAGAGGCAUCACAACGUUAAAGCUGCCCUACCUGAAGAAGAGAGGGGGCGGAGUCGGCGGUGGGGGCGGAGCCAGUGGGGGGAAGGACCGCCUCUGGCUCAGUGUUCAUUGGCCGGACGACCGCCCCUCCCAGCUGCUGUCCAGCUGUUUCAGUGGAGAGCUGGUUCUGUGGGACCUGGGUGCGAGUGGGAAACAGAAGUGGAGUGUUCUGGGCUCAGGGGAUCAGAACCACAGCCGCAUCGUGUUCAACAUGAGCUCCGUCCGUCUGGCCAGCGGGCGCCAGCUCCUCCUCACCACCUCCAUGGACCGAGAGAUUAAGUGCUGGGACCUGGCGUCCCUGGAGUGCGUGUGGACGCUGCCCACCCUGGGGGGCUCGGUGUACGCCCUCAGCUUCUCCCCGGUGGCCACGGGCCUGCUGGCCCUGGGCGGGGCCGACCAGAUGAUCCGGUCCUGGGACACGCUGUCCCUGCAGAACCCCUACCUCACCAAGACCUUCUGGCAGGGCAUCCGCUCCAAGAUCACCGCGCUGGUCUGGCACCCUAGCCGGGAGGGCUCGUUGGCGUUCGGGACGGACGACGGGAAAGUGGGAAUCUACGACGCCUUCUCCAACAAGCCUCCUCAGAUCUCCUCCUCCUACCACCAUAAGACCAUCUACAGGCUGGCCUGGGGCCCCCCCCUGCCCCCCCUCUCCUUUGGGGGUGCUGGUGAGCGCCCGUCCUGCAGCCUCUACAGCUGUGGGGGGGAGGGCGCCAUCCUGCAGCACGACCCCCGCAACCUGGCCUCAGACGCCUGCAACAUCGACAAGCUCAUCAGAGACACCAACGGCAUCAAGCACAAGCUGUCCCCUCACUCGGACUUCAGCUGGAAACCAGACGGAACCGUGGUUGCCGUCGGCAACGAGGACGGGUCUGUGGACGUGUACGCGGCCCCCGCCCUGAAGCAGCUGUGCAGCGUGCAGCAGCACAAUAAGAUCAUCAACACGCUGCAGUGGUACCACCCCCUGGCGCCGCAGCCCGAGCUGCAGUACCUGCUGGCGUCCGGCUCCAGCAGCGCCAAGGUCUACGUGCACGACCUGCGCUUGGCCUGCGAGGCGCCGGCGGACCCCCCUGCUGUGAUCUCGGAGGCCUUCCGCACCCUGGGGGCCCACACGGGCAAGAUCACCGGCCUCUCCUGGAGCCCCCACCACCCGGCACGCCUGGCCACCGUCAGCUACGACCACACCGCGCAGGUCUGGGAUGUGCUGAAGGGGGAAGGGCUAGUGAACUAUCGUGGUCAUGGUAACCGGGUCAUGUGUGUGGAGUGGUCCCCCGUGGACCCAGACGUGGUCUGGACCGGAGCGGAUGACUUCACCGUUCACGAGUGGAAGCCGUCCAAGCAGGAGUUCACAGCGCCCCCAAAAGGCAAGAAGACGGUGGGACUGAGGGAGAAGAACAAGCUGAAGAAGAUCAACAUGGCCGCCGCCGGGCAGCGAGAGGGAGAGUCCCCGCCUGUUGGAGAGAGAGAAGCUAGUGAGAGAGGGACUAGGAGUGUUGAUGGAGAGAGGGAGACCAAGGCCGUGAACGGAGAGACGGAGACUAAGGCAGUGACUGGAGAGAGAGGGUGGCGGGAGAGAGACCCUAAGAGAGUCAACGGCGAGAGAGAGACCGUCAGUGUUAAUAGAGAGAGAGAGACUAAGGCAGUGAAUGGAGAGAGAGGGUGGAGGGAGAGGGACACAAGGAGUGUUAACGGGGAGCGAGACGAAGACGAACAGAAUGGAACCAACGGCUCGUUGUCAACAGCCGGUGGAUUGAUGAAGAAGCCCCCUGCACCCUUGAGGACCAAGGAGAAGCCAGAGUUGAUGAAGAGGAAGAAGGCUCGCUCCAUGCUUCCUCUCAGCACUGCCAUGGACCACCGCUCCAAAGAGGACCUGCUGGAGGACUGCGUUACCCUGGCAACCAUCACACACAGCCCAGCGCCCCCUGCAGGCUGUGUCCCGGGCAAGGGACCCCACCUCCAGCUGGGGCUGUUCUCAGACCGGCCCGCCCUCCACAGCAUGUUCCAGGAGGAAGAGGAAGCCCACCUGGCUGCAGGUCACCCUGACUCGGUGGUCUACCUGCGGCUGUGGAGCGGAGACGUGGAGGGAGCCCUGAGGACGGCCACCGAGAGGGGAGAGCUCAACGACCACCUGCUCGCUAUCGCCCCCACAGGUGGCUACAGGGUGUGGGUCCGGACGGUGCAGGACUAUGUGAAGCAGCUCUGUCUGCAGGAUCAGCAUUUGAAAGCCGCCUCCUUCCUGCUGUCAAUCAACAAGCUGCACGAAGCGAUAGAGCUGCUGCACUCACACAAGAUGUACAGAGAAGCUAUAGCUCUGGCCCGGGCCAGACUCCCGGACCAGGACGUGGUUCUGAAGGGGCUCUACGUGUCCUGGGCCACGGCCCUGGAGAAAGACGGACACCUGUCGGCCGCUGCCAAGUGUUACGUAGCUGCGGGGGCGGGCUUCGACGCGGCCAAGGUGGUGUCUAAGAAGAGCGACGCCCCCUCGCUGCGGGCCGCCGCGACGAUAGCCCGCCUAGCGGGGGAGAGCCAGCUAGCUCACACCAUAGCGCUACGCUGUGCUAAGGGACUAGCCGCUAGCCUGGACUGGGUGGGGGCACAGCAAGUACUCAAAGCCCAGGAAGUAUCCAGCUCCAAGGGAGUACCCCAUAGUAAUGGAGUAGCCAGUACCCAGGAAGUACCCAGUACCGAGGGAGUACCCAGUACCCAGGGAGUACCCAGUACUGAGGAAGUACCCAGUACCCAGGAAGUACCCAGUACCGAGGGAUUACCCCAUACCAUUGGAGUACCCAGUACCCAGGAAGUACCCAGUACCCAAGAAGUCACCAGUACCGAGCAGGUACCCAGUACACAGGAAGUACCCAGUACCCAAGAUGGCAUGCUGGUCCACAGGUUGUGUUUCUGCGUGGCUGAGAUCCUCAGUGCUGCCUUAACAGAGUGCGAGGCGGUCUCGUCCCACCCCUGGGCCAGACCCGGUCCUCCCCGGGGGGGGUCCGGUCCCGAGCCCCCCCAGGACCGGGUGCGUGCGGUGUGGCAGCAGGAGUUCGGGGUAGCAGGAGGUUCUGGGGUCACGUCCCUCCUGAAGGAUCUCGCAUCUGUUGAGAAGAGUCAACUGAGCAGCAGCAGCCCUGCACACCAGGUGGUGUCCCACGUCGCAGUGUGUCUGUCCACGGCCGUGCUGCUCUGGCUGAGGGGCGGGGACGACGACGAGCUGACGAAGGCGGUCUGGGAGGCGGUGGAGGCUCCGCGGGGGGUCGGCCACGACGGCAUGUCCGUCAUGCUCAGCUCCCUGAUCUUCCCCGAUGGGGACGUCAGCGUGUUUUCCCGGAGGUUCCAGAAGGUUCUGGUUCCCGUGGCGAAGGGGGCGUCGGCGGCCCUCACCAGCCUGCAGGCCUUCCUCAACUACCGCUUCCUGUUCGACCUCUGGUGGAGCCACGCCCCCUCAGCCACCUCAGCCAAUCAGGAGCUGACUAAUGUUGCCGUGGCCGGGGAGGCGGUUACCGGGGUGACGGUUACCGAGACGGCGGUUACCGAGACGGCAGUUACCGAGGCGACGGUUACCGAGGCGACGGCGCUGAGCAGGCGUGCGGCGGUGCUGCUGUCGGAGCCCCACGCGGCGUACCAGGCCACCCAGAGGGACGUGGCCCGCGUCCAGGAGCGACUGACCGGCCUAGUGCUCCACCACGCCCGGGCCCACCAGCAGGGGGCCCAGGGCCAGGACCUGAGCCAGGACCAGGGCCAGGACCAGGGCCAGGGCCAGGGCCAGAGCAUAGACCAGAGCCAGGACCAGAGCCAGGACCAGGGGCCGGAGGAGCCGGAGACCCUGAUAAGUCUGUCGGCCCAGAUGACCCUCUACCAGAAAGACCUCGCUCUGCUGCCCGACACCAUCAAGACGUACAGCCACCCUGACGUGGUGGAGUGCAGCCUGGUGGUGCUCCACCUGGCCCGGGGCUCCACCCUGGUGACGGAGGCCCUGCAGACGACCGCCAGGGACCUGCUGCGCCGCUACGCCAGCAGCCCCGACGCCCAGAGGGCCGCCCGGGCCUUCCUCGCCUGAGGACCUCUGGGAGGACACCCGGGGGGCGGUCCGGGCCUUCCUCGCCUGAGGACCUCUGGGAGGACACCCAGGGGGCGGUCCGGGCCUUCCUCGUCUGAGGACCUCUGGGAGGACACCCAGAGGGUUCCUCACCUGAGGACCUCUGGGAGGACACCCAGAGGGCGGUCCGGGCCUUACUCGCCUGAGGACUUCUGGGAGGACACCCAUGCGGUUCCUCACCUGAGGACCUCUGGGAGGACACCCAUGCGGUUCCUCACCUGAGGACCUCUGGGAGGACACCCAUGGGGUUCCUCACCUGAGGACCUCUGGGAGGACACCCAUGGGGUUCCUCACCUGAGGACCUCUGGGAGGACACUCCGUCCCCCCUGUUUAGUUGGUUUCGUUUGAGACUGUACGACAACGUUGCGCUUUGUUUACUUUGUGGAAACUCCCAAUAGCAGCAUUUAUACUGUAUCACUUUCUGUUGAAUAAAAUAUUUCUGUACUC